UACGGUGCAUUUCAGCGAAAGAUGCUCGAUUCGAUCGUAAUCUCGCCUAAUCGUGCCACCUUCGUGUGCGCCCUGCUUUGCUUCUUCUGCGUGGUGUCAUCCACUUCCGGCGAAUACGAGGGUAGAGAAUCGCCGAGCAGCGUGAGCAACGAGAGGACAGCGGGCAACGAGUUUGGCUCGUGUACCGAUGGCAAGUGCAUAAAACGCACCACACAGGAUAUCAGCAGCGGCAUGUGGUUCGGGCCGCGAUUGGGACGACGACGAAGAGCCGACAGGAAGUUGGAAACGAGUCCGGAUCUUGAGGCUCUCGCGAACUUUCUCGAUGGUUCUCGUUGGACCGUCAUCACGAUUCCAGGAGGAGAGAAGAGACAACCGACUCAAUUCACCCCUCGCUUGGGAAGAGAAUCGGGAGAAGACUUCUUCUCGUAUGGUUUUCCAAAGGAUCAAGAUGAACUAUACGCCGAAGAGCAAAUGCUUCCUCCCCUUUUCGCACCCCGUUUAGGACGUCGAGUACCGUGGACACCUUCCCCUAGACUGGGACGUCAAUUACACAUGCUCGAAAAAUCUAGACAGUAUCCCGAAGAUUCGCGCUUUUGAGACUGGUUCGACUGGCUGCAAGAAAGAAAGAUAGAUAAAAUACAUAGUGUAAUUAAGAGAAAAUAAAGGACUUGUAUUUAUUUGUAUUAUAAAAAAACGACGAUAUUGUUACUUCUUGUUAAUUUUCCUUUAAAAAAAUACCACAUUAGUACUUUCUCCACUGCUUUCACAAUAUAAUAUCAUUUUUUAUCACUUCCAUCGAUACAUGUGUAUUAUGUUUAAAUUAUACCGACUGUGAAAACAACGAACAGAUAUUUAUUUCCCGUGAACGUGAUGCUAUGGAAUUACGAAGAAAAGACGAAGAGAAAAAAUAUCGAAGGAGAGCGGUAUAUGAUGUAAUUAAAAGAAAUACAAAUACGUAGGUGGCGAACGGGCGUUAUUCCUGUCCCGUGGUUACUCGAGCAAAGAGAGGCAGAAGAUUAAAUUGUAUCUGCUGGCAAUGUUUCGAAGCUUUAUGGUUACGAGCGGAGUUCCACGUUGCCACAUGGCCCACGGUAGUUCCGGUCGAGGAAUUACAAGCGUAGUUACCCUCCCCUCUCGACCUCCUCUUUCCGUCUUUAUACUAAAAAAAGAAAUUCAACCCCAUUACGUUGCACUCGGAUCUACUUCAUGAAAUAUCGAAUCGUGUUUUCCACACGAUUUUCACUGGCGUGCAAAUUGUAAUUAUGAUUUUAUUGCAGGGAAUUAAAGAAAUCGACACGAUUUUUUGUUUUGCAGUCCGUUUUUUUGUCCUUUUUUUUCUUUUGUUUAUUUUAUACAUUCACAAACGUUACAACCUUACUAUUCAUACAGGAUUCGGAGAUCGUUCACGCGACACCUUUCACCACAUUUUACACCCUUAAUUCGCGUACGUCCCUAGGCAAAUAUACUACAUCUACAAUAUGUAACUUAUAUUAUAUAUAUGUAUAUAUAAUAUAUAUAUCUAUAUUUUUUUUUUCAUUUUGCUUUCACCGUGUACACACACACGCACCCAUACACGUACACAUACGCAACUGUUUCUCACGCAUAUCCUUUCAUUUUCCUAUUAUUCAUUAUACAUAUAUUGCUCGUUACGCUAAUGUAUGUAUAUCGUAUUUACAUGGUCGAAGAUUGCUCGACAUCGUUUUUUUUUUUAAAUCGUGUAUUAUGCAAAAAAGAUCGUCGUACGUUCAGAUCAGUAAGAAACCGCUAUCUAUCGUUCUCUAAGUGCUCGUCUAAAUCUGAAAAAAUACAUCGGUAUAUAUUCUUCAUUCUAGCGAAAAAGACCGGAUUUAAUCGCCUCUUUUUAUCGAAAAGAUUUGGCGAGUGUUUCUCAAUGUUCAAAUAUUUAACACUAAAGCAACCAAAACUCCUAAAAAAAUUCACUUCGUACUUCUUAUUUCGACGUUUUAAAAUUGCAAAAAUCGUACAUUAAAUUAUAAAAAGUAUUAAGCUGUUUUUAUAUCAAAAUGUAUGUUGAGUUUUAUGAAGAUAAAAAAAUUUAUAUGCGAGUUCAAUUUCCUAAUCUAAACGCUAUGUUUACAUCGUUAAACGUUGGUUGUUUCAGUGUUAAGAAUUUUCACGCCGAACCUAUUUCACGUUACUCGAUAAACGUAACUCUUCGCUGAGACUAAAUACGUUUGUAUUGUAAAUAAUUUACGAGUUGGCUUCCUCGUUAUGAAGUAAUACAGCUAUGAUAGUCUUUGAACGUUUUCCUGGAGAUUUUUCGUCAGUUCAGGGUCAUGAGGCUUACAGAAGAAUUUCUUUGACAAUCGAUACACAGUGGUUUAUCGUUAUCUUCUGGGCUAACAAUUUUCAAUGAAAAUUAUUGAAAAUAUUUCAAUUUCUCUACGUACUGUGUGUUUGAGCAUAGUAUUCGCUAUUAACUGUAUUCGUGAUAUUUUUAACGCGUUAAUUGCCACCGUGAAAAUGGACGUAUGUAGUACGACAUAUUAUCGAAAAAUUACAAUAAUUUACUAAACAUAUGAUUAUUUCAUUUUUCAGUUUGAUAUCUCGCGUUCGUAGUAUAAUAUAAAAUCGUGGCGACUAUCGCUGACGACACCCAGGGCAAUCAACGCGUUAAUAAUCUACCGAUAAUUUUAACAAAGUAAUAUAAUUUAGGUCCUUUUGAUUUUUUAAUGCUAUUUAGGAAUUCAUGCAACGUUUUCCUCGUUUGAAACCACUGUGCGAUGGGAAGAUUGAUCGCUCGAGUGAAAAAAUUGCUCGAAAUCGGUCUUUUUUCAGUCAGGCACGUUUUCAUUAAUCCGGAGCAGAAUUAGAAGAACCGAAGAACGAACUGGCGAGCGUCGAAGACAAAAAGAUCGCGCGAACGAAAAUCUAUCUUUUCUCCUGCAACCCGAGAAGCUUUUAUUUUGACCUAUAAAAAAGAGCAAAUUUUCCUUCGACUAUUUGCAUCGCAACAAUUUCUAUCGUAUUCAUAAAUUUGAUACGUGACUUUUUCCCAAAAUCCCGCCAGUCGAUCCUUUCAUCUUUCAACUUGCAAUUUUCAUGGCAUUUGGCUAAUUCUGUUCUAUGUAUCUAUAAGUGAGACGCGCGCCAAAAUCGAUUUAAACACGAGAUCGUUAUAAUAACGAAAGAUAAAUUCUCGUUAAUAAUAAAUAAUCGCAAUAUUUUCUUUUCGUGUUUGUAAAAAAUAGGAACAAUAUAGUCUAUGCGUUAGAAAUAAUGUACGAUUCAAAUGAGGUUCGAAGAGUAAUCUUAAAUCUCCUGAAUAUUGUUCCGUGCCAAAUAACCCACGGUAUUGAACAGAACAUUCUUCUACGUUCGAAUAAAUACGACGGAUCAAGAAAUAUUUUGGCAUCGAAAUUAUUAUAAACUUUGUUCUGCGAUACUUUAAUGAGAAGUACAAUCUAAUGUAUAAUAAAUAAAAUGCAACAUAGUAUCCUUUUUAGAAAAUUUCGAAAUUUUAUCAAAUUAAAAAUCAAAGAACUUCUGACGGACAACGUACACGAAACUAGUAUGGAGUAAAAUUUAUAUAGGAAUCAUUUUUUUUAUUUUUAUAUUUUUUAAUCUCGUUUUAUUGACAACCCCCCACCCAUAUGAGUGUACGUUUAGCGUAAGCCUUAAGUGUAAAAUUAAUAUUUUAUUAGCAAAAUACAUAUAUAUAGAAUAUAUAUAUAGAAUAUAUAUGUAUGUAUGUAUAUAAGUAACAGUAUCAGAAUUUGCAAUACGUGCUAUCUUUCUUUUUCUCCCCUUUAUAACAGGGUGUUGGCUUGGUGACCGUGGUUUCAAGGACUUCCAGUAAAAAUUAUUUACAUUUAGGUUAUAGAAUAGUCGUUUGUGGAGAAAUGUACUAAGAUGAAUUGAAAUAGUUCGUUCUCUUUCGAAUCAGUUUGUGGGAAAUUAUGUAAUGGACAUUGAACAAUUUGAAAAGGUUACACUGAAAAUAAAAUAUGUUAUUUUUGAAUAAUUUAAUAAUUAACAUUUUUUUCGCUUAUUUAACUUAUUAGGUUUUUACAGAGGCGAGAACAAAACUUUUCACUCCAUCCUUGUAGAUAAUUUUUAACCCCUUAUCGUACCAUUUCAUUAUUGUUUAUUGUUACUGUUUUUAUUAAGUUUUGUGGGAGUCAAUUAUAUUUUGAACUCCACGAUGAGAUCAAUGUAUUUCAUUGUUCACUGGAAGCAGGAUUUUUAUGAUAACUUAAUAUUUAUGUUAACAACACUAACGCAAUGUGUCAUCUCCUAUUGAGGUAAUUCAUUAAAUAAGGAACAGUUUUUAUCUUCCUUAUUUUUUCGCUAACAAAUUAAACUACCCCUUUUACUUUUAUAUCACAUUUCAUAGUACAGUGGUUUUGAACACAAAAAUGUAGCUUCUCAACAAAGCCUAUUUAAACAAUUAGAAUUCUAACGAACACAGAAUUAGCUGUGCAAUGCCGAUGAAAGACUGGAACGUAAUUCUUCAAGAUCAAAAUCGUACAUUUCUACCUCCAUCGUAAAUGAAGUUCACUGUACGUUGCUUUAUGUUUUCCUAAAUUUACUCUACCUUUAAUUUAUUUCUCUAUAUUAUUCAGAAUUGUCUAACUACGUCGACCAGUUUAUUUGCAAAUUAUAAAUUCUAUUCACAUUCAAGUGUGACAACCCUUCGUAAUCGAAGCACUAAUCUUUUCUACGUUUAUAAAUUAUCGAUAUUCGUAUCAUUAUUACCGAUAAAAAAUCAGUAAAAUUUUAGUAUCAUACUAAUUGUCCUAUUUCGGUGAUAAGAACUGUAUAAUACAAAUUGGAGAAGAUCGUCCCUAAAGAGUACAAAACAAGAAUGACGGUACAGUACGAUAAGGGGACGAAGCUGUUUUUUCAAUUUAAUAUACAAAACGGGCAAUCAUGACUAUCAAUCUCUAGACGAUAGAGAUCGACGCGAUACUUCUAUCAUAUUUCGACUAAUCCUAAGAUCAUUAAUUUUUUUUUUCGUUUUGUAACAUUAUUUUUUAAUUCUUUUUUAUUUUCUUUUUUUUUUUAAAGUAGAGAAUCGUCAUUCGCUUAAAAGCUAGUCUGUCUAAUCCUAUAUGCGUCACCGCGUACAAAAUGGCAAAACGGAGACUGUUAUGUACAUAAUGUAAUCGCGUGGUAUUUUCGGAUUUUUUCAACUUCUGGCACCGUUUUUUCAACGUUUGCGUUGUGCAAAUCGAUCUUCGCCCAUUCUUUGUCUAGCUUUUAGCACGAAUAAAAAUCGGUAUAACAAUCAUUUCGAUACAGCAAAUAUUUCUGAUUUAAAUUCGUUGAUGUACGAGAAUUCUUACUUUCCAAGUGUUAUUCUUCUUCAUAUAGUCAGUCAAAAGCAAACAAAGAAAUUUGAAUGGAAUCAUAGCAUAAUUUACACGUAAAGAUAUACCUAUUAAUUGCAUGUUAAUCACGAAGUCAGGAUAAACUGGCCGAGUUAUUGCAGAAUUUCUCAAACUACGUUGAAACGCGAACAAUGUUUUGAUUUUGCAUCGGUAAAUAUUUAAUCGACCAUAUGUUGAACAAAAGUGUUUCUUUACGAUAAUGCCAGUUAUUUUAAUCUGUUUGAGAAACUCUGAGUCACUGAAUACUGAAAAAUAGUUAUAAAAAAGACAUGAUCGGGUGAUUUGAUAAACGACCAGUCAAUUUUGAAACUGUCAUAAUACUGCAACUCUGUCCUGUGGGAUUUAUGUAUCGCUUAAUAACGGGGAAUUUAACCUAAAUAACAAGAAACAGUUUCGAUCUAAAUAAAAUGUGAAUUACCAUAACAGUUGCAAAAAAUAAAAAGCUUAACGAGAAACUGAGUGGACACGUUUGCGAAAAACGAUAUUAAAUGAAUAAUAUAUAUGCAAUUUAUCGUGUAUUAACAUCUUACCAACCAGAAGUCUAUCGUUGAACACGUUAACAAAAUUCAUUUCUGAAAACCAAUAACUCGACUUAAAUUUAAUUGUUACGAAGUCGCAGCUUAAACUUCCUUUAGACAAAAGAAAGUGUAAGUCUUCCACCACUUGCCUUUAAUCUUGGAAGAACCCAGGAAGAAUUUGGGGGGUCUCCAAGGAGUAUUCGAAAAGAAUCUUGGAGGAUCCUAAAGAGAAUUUAGUUUAGAGCGACGAGAACCUAGUACGAAUCCAGAAAGAACUCCAGAACAAGCUAGAGAAGGCCUUACGAAUAUCCUAGAAAAUCCCAGGCGAGGAAGAGAAUCUGAGGAAUACUCAGGAAGAUCUGAAGAACAGCGCGGAGAGGAUUUUCCCAAAAUUGAAGGCAUAUGGCACAUUAAAAUUUAAAUUGUCCACUGCAUCAUCCAAGGGUUAAUUCGAACGGGACAUAGGAACUCUAAAAUUAUAUCACCAUUUCCAAAGACAAGUUAAAUCUUUAGUCUGUUGAAAAUCGACGCAAAGAUAAUCGUAACUUGUACAAUUAUGAAUCUAUGGAGUGCCUUUGAAAGAUGGUCUCCUUGACUGUUCGAUUCUUUGACACUACAUUGAAUAUUUUACGUUUUGGUGUUUUAAGGAGACUCUCUUUUACGGACAUUCUAUAUUCUAUAACUAUGAUUGAUUUAAAGAGGCAACAAGCAUCAAACAGUAGAAACUAAGAGAAUCUACUGAGCCUCAUCGAUCUGUCAUUUUUCCGGUGCAAAAAUUAAGUAGUGAAUGAAAUCUGGAAAAUUGUAACGUGACACGAGUUUCGUAUGUUGAAGUUUGGUUCUAGCAACGAUUCAAGGGAAGACGAUGAAGGGAAGAAAUAGCAAGAAUGCAGGGAACGUUUGCUACGUGCUCAAGAGAGUUGUACCAAGAGUCUGGUGUAAAAACAAAAUUCGUUACUAUAAUUUGAAGAAUGUCGUUCAGAAAUAUUUAAUAAACUUUCAAGUAACAGUCUGAACUUUCGCUCUUCGGGGUGUUUAAUGAACGUGGUAAUGUUCAUAUUUGUUUAAAUUUAUUUGUAACAGCAAUUAUAAAAGACUUUUGGUACAUCUCCUAUCGACACUCUGCAUUCGUAUGUGCAUUCUUAGUUGGGUCUAUAUCACGCUCAGCUGAUAAAUAAAUAAUUGUAUAUUUUUGUUACUCACUUUUGGAGGAUCACAUAAUUAGUAAAUACAUAUAUGCAAAUUUUCCAAAAUGUAAAAAAUUAGGUCCAUCUCUGGUUUGAGAAAAUUCAUUACAUGGUGACCGAUGCACAGACAUUCGAUUGAUUACGCGAAGCGUUCAAACGUUCUUCGCUAUAUCGGAGAAUUAUGAACACAUGAUUCAGAGAGAUGGUAAAACCAUUUGUAUCACUUAAGAUAGUCUGUGUUACUUUUCUAUUAUAAAAUUUCCUAUAUCUUCUCCGGAAGAUAAAAUUUGCCCCUUUUUUUCUCUGAGAAAACAAGUUGCGAUAGAUAAAAAUUUAAUAUUGCUAAUUUUAUUUGAAAACUUCGUCAGUGACUUCUGGAUAAACAGAAUUCGGACGAAAUUCGAUGCCCGAUCAGAUUGUUUUCAUCUCUUAAGGCCACUGAAAAAAAGAAAUUUCGUAGAAUUUGAUAAGUUUCGAGAACUAAUCGUAUUAUUGCUAGCUACUUGAACACCGUCAAUAUUUCUCUAUGCGUUAACUAACGGUUACAUCUCACGACCGAUUUGACCAAAUAUCGAACCAGAAAGAAGUAUACUGUGGACAUUAAAAAAACAGAUUAAAAAAAAGGGCGAAACCUUGAAACUUUCAAUCGUUUGAAAUAUCCAUAUGUGUACAGGGACAUGAAAACAAGAAAUCCUUUUGAAUAAGUUGUUCUGUUGUAAGUACUCUAUUGGUAAGGGAUGUAAACGAAGAUGAUCUUUUUCGCUAAGACGCGAAUAAUGAUAAACAAGUUUUGACGACAGAAACUCAACUUUGUUACAAAAGAUUUCGAUAAAACAACUAUGGUGUUACCAAUUGUUUGAUUAAUUAUAGUAUUACAGCAACAACAUUUGGUCGGUUGAAGUUCAAAACGAUGCAUCUCGACGAUGUUUUGACUCAGCGCGUGACUAGUACCAUUUAAAAAGCUAGAGCACUACCUUUCAAAGAGAGUCUAGACAUUUCAUAAGUGUGCGGUAUAAAUACAUGUCAACUUUUCCACUCUUUCGCUUUCUGCAAACAAAUAGUUCAAAAUUAUCUACCAGAAACUGAGAACACCGUGUAUCCAAAGAAUGAGCCAGCCAUUCGUAUUUCGAGAUACUCUUUCUAGUGAAUUGAACCUUUCUUAAAUUCACAAGUGAUACUUUCAAAAGAACUUAGAUGUUUCAUUUUGGUAUUAAUAGUCCUGAUUUACGAACUUCAAUUGGACUAAUUCUUUUAAGCUUGUACUUGUAGAAAGAUGAUCUGUACACAUACAAAUUGUUUCUGAAUUGUAGUUAUUUAUAAAGGAAAAACGACUCUUGGCCAGCAAAAGUUCAAGGUUGAUUGAUUAUCGUAAAUGCGAAAGAGUAGAAAGUCGACAACUAUAUUUCUUUCUCUGUUAACGAAGAAAUAAAUGUCAAGAAUGCAAAGUAUUUCUAAUAACGAGGAUUUCAAGCGGAUAAUUUAAAUAUGGGAUUUAAUUUUACAGAUAAAAUUGAGCAGAAUAUUUAAAAUUUUAAUAGGGCUUACUUUUAGCUUAGCGAUAAAAAGUUAGCAGAAACAAAUUGAAUUCAAAGCUUUAUGUUUUGACGAUAAGAUUGAUUUUUCCUAGUAAUGACAAUGCAAGCACAAGGAAAUAAAGUAAUAUAUAUUUAAAACUUUGUAAUUGUUGACCACUGGUAACUGAUUCUUGGUAAUAGUUAUUUUCUUUAGCUUUAAGCAUAUCGAUUUCAUCACCAUUAACAGAAUUACAAAAAAAAAAAAAUUAGUCAUAUACAUUUUCAUAUUCAAAAUUAAUAUAUCAUUAUACUCCGGCCACGAACUGAGUACGUUUCGUUUGUCAAUAUAUUCACUAAGAUUUUUUAUAUUUUUAUACAACUUCUUUAUAAUUAUGAAAAGUUCGCUUUGCUCAAAUAUUUGGUUCAAUUCUUUAAACAUUGAAAUCGUUUAUCAAUCUAAUUAUUUAUUCCUAUUUCUUGCUUUUUUUUUUGUUUUUUUCUUUAAAGAAGCAUUUACCUAAAACGAUGUGCCUUUCAGGGCUUUUUCUUUAAUCAGUAAUUCAACACUUUGUGCAAACUACGCGAGGACAGUACAAUUCUUGGUACUCAAAACGACGAAUAACAAAACCACACACGUGAUAUGUUUCAUAAAUUGAAAAAUUGAAAUUAGCAUAAACGCUGCCACUAAACAUUA